AUGGCCUUCGUCGCCAAAAUUAACUCAAUUCGAAGCGAGGUGAACAAAAAGCUACACGAGUCGAAUCAUCUGAAUAAUCUGCUGGGCAAAAUCGAGGAGAAGACCGGCGUCGACCGGUUCUAUAUUGUAGUCGGUUCUCUUUUCGGUUUCGCCGUCUAUUUGAUUUUUGGCUACUUUGCGGAGCUUUUGUGCAACUUCAUUGGCUUCGUCUAUCCGGCUUACGCGUCGAUUAAAGCAAUCGAAUCUUCGGACAAGAAAGAUGAUAUAUUCUGGCUUACCUACUGGGUAGUGUUUGCGCUGUUUAACGUUAUCGAAUUCGCUUCCGACUUGAUUCUCGGCUGGUUUCCAGUAUAUUGGCUAGCAAAGUGUUCCUUGAUGCUGUACCUUUACCUCCCUUACACUUGUGGGGCGCAGCAUGUCUAUGAAAAGUUUCUUCGCCCGUUUAUAAUGGAUCAUCAGUCGACGAUCGACAAAGGAAUCGGCAAAGUAGCAGGACGAGUCGGCGAAGUUGUUGACGGUAAUAUUAACUAUUGA